AGCGACAUCCCAAUGAAUGUUUUCCCAACAGUAAUAGAUACCCACUUGCAUAAAAACCCAAAAGGUGGAGAGAUGGUAGAUGUCUUCACCUGCAGCUCUGUGGAGCAGCCACAGCCUCCGAGAGCCCUGCUGUCCUCCCCCAGGGAGGCCUGCACUGUGCAUGAAAUGAGUCAGACAUUCACGUCCAUCAGCCGGAGUCAAGACAGCCUCAAAACCACAACCACAGUCCACACUGAGCCCGAUACUGACGAUAUUUGUGCUGCAAUCCUUCUGUCCUGCCUCUUCUGUCACCCGCUGGACUGUUUCCUGGCCGUGAUGAGAGGCUGCAACGGGUGCAUUUGGUCGCUGUGCUCCGUCCUGUGCGGCUGCGAGCCCAGCAGCCUGCAGCCUCUCCUGGACGUCACCCGGAGCUGCGACCUCUGCGGGUGUCUGGGUGUUCGCUGCUUCCUGUGCGACUGUCCAGCCUACGACAUCUGCCUCCAGGCCACCGAGUGCCUGGACCUCGCCAUGGAGAUCUCCCAAAUGCUUUACCACUAAAUGCAGCAAAUAACCACAAACACAGGAAAUACAUGGGAAUCAUUUAUUUGUUAAAAUCUUUUCCGAAAGUCAACUUGUAGGGACACAAAUGCUACCAGUUUAUGGUUAACAGUCAAUGUUAGCACUCAGAUAAAUGUCAAGGUAUCAUUGUUAAUAUAUUUUAGAGGAGAUUAAGUACGAUCGGUAAAAACUCUCAUCUUAUGGGACUAGGAACAACGUAAUUUUGAAGCACUUAGCUAUGUAGUAGAGCUCCAAAUCAAUCAAUUUAACCACCAAAUAGUUAAAAUAUUUGUGGCUGCUGAGUAGUUUCAAAUGAAUGCAAGUCAAUAACUUGGAGGGUGUGCCGGAGGAAAAUGAAAUCAGUCUGUCAGUGUUAAGAAAACACACAUUAAUUUACUGUACACAAGGUCGCGUAAAGCAUCUGACAAAUUAAAAUGCCUUUCUAAUCUUUGUGGCUAUUUUAUUGAGUAAUAAUAUUUGCAUUGCAGGUUUCAGACGACAAACAGUUAUACCUUAUCGUUACAGACGUGAGGCUAGUGGUUGGUUUAACAGAAGGUCAAAGCCCUCUGAAUUCAAACUACAAUGAGCGAUAGUAAAGUAUUAGAUAUAUCACUUUUGAUCGUCCCAAAAACAAAAUAAAAACAGAAGCCAUAAUCUUUGUAGAACCAGUAAAAUCACCCAGUGACAAACAGCGACUGACAACACGGAUAUGAGUCAGAAGAGGCGACUUAUAUUAAGGUAUAAAAACGUAAUGAGCUACAGUACGGUUGUAAAACAUGAUCUCGUUCUGUCUUGCAUUUCCAUUGACUGCGUGAAUAUAAAAUAAAAAAAGCUGAUUUGUAAUUUGUAGCUACUCUGGAAGAGGUCCUGCUUUGGCUAACUAGCUGCAGCAGCGAGUGAUUUUCCAUUGCUUUUCAUUUUUAUUACAAAUACAUGCAACC